AUGAAUGACACAGUAACUACUCCUACCAGGAAGUUCAUCUUCAUGACUAACCAACUACUUCAGAGGAAACAAAUGGUCAUUGGUGUGCUCCACCCUGGGGAGGCAACUGUGCAAAAGACAGAAAUUCAGGAAAAACUAGCCAAAAUGUACAAGACCACUCCUAAUGUCAUCUUUGUAUUUGGAUUCAGAAAUUUUGCAUGUGGCAAGACAAUGGGAUUUAGCAUGACUUAUAAUUCCUUGGAUUAUGUCAAGAAAAAUGAACCCAAACAUAGACUUGCAAGACAUGGCCUGUAUGAGAAGAAAAAGACCUCAAGAAAACAGUGA